CUCUUACUAAAAACCAAAAUAUGUUAUGAUAGGCUAUAAAAGAGGUGGUUUCCAACUUUUCUUCUUUUGUAUGUGAUCAUGGAGGACAAAAGAUGUGCUCUUGUAACGGGAGGAAACCGUGGAAUCGGAGUUAAAAUAUGUCGUCAACUUGCAUCAAAUGGAGUCGAUGUCAUAUUAACAUCUAGAAACGAGAGUCGCGGGGUAGAAGCUACGGAGAAACUCAACAUUUCCGGCCUUCGCAAUGUGAUUUUUCAUCAACUAGAUAUCAAUGAUCCAUCGAGUAUUGCACUUUCGGUCAAAUUCGUUGAAACGCGCUUUGGGAAACUUGAUAUCUUGAUUAAUAAUGCAGGGGAACUUGGAGUUAUUUUUAUAGACGAUAAAGAAUUUAAAGCUAGAGGAGGAUUUGUACAACUGGUUGACGAGAAUGCACAUCUUCUUACCAACAUCGUCAAAGAGCCUUACCAACUGGGAGAAAAAUGUCUGAAAACAAAUUACUACGCGACUAAAACAGUUACGGAAUCAUUUAUUCCUCUUCUCCAACUCUCGAAAUCUGCUCGAAUCGUUAAUGUCACCUCUGUUUUCGGAGACCUAUACUGGUUUCACAAUGAAAAGCUUAAACAAGAGUUGCAUGAUAUCGACAACUUAACUGAAGGGCGGAUUGAUGAGAUUAUCCAAAUGUUCUUGAUGGAUUUCAAGGCUGCUAAUUUGCAAAAGAAUGGAUGGCCACUAACAACUUCUGCUUACAAAGUUUCAAAAGCUAUGCUUAAUGCUUACACAAGGCUAAUGGCAAGAAAGUACGAAAAUAUCAUGGUGAACUGUGUGCACCCUGGGUAUGUUAUAACCGAAAUGACAUCGCAAACCGGAUUUAUUACAGAGGAAGAGGGUGCUAAAGGCCCCGUAAUGGCUGCUUUGUUGCCGGAUAAUGGACCUUCUGGCGCAUACUUUGAUAGAACACAAAUGGCUCCGUUUUUAUCAACUGAUGCGCCGUUCAAAUAAAAACAUUCUGUUAUUAUGGUACCAAUAUGUAACAAAAUAGAAAUAAUGAAUCAUCCAUCCUAUGCCAGGUUUAAAAGGCUAACAUCAACUUAAGUAUUGUAAUAUAAGCUGAAGACGAAGGGCAUUUAUGUCAAUUCCAAUGCGAAACCUUUUUUUGAA